UGUCCGCCGCGUAACGACUGUGCUGUGCUUUCGCCUUUCCGUGCUGCUGGGAUUACACGUUGUGCAGUUGUGUGCCGCGACGGCUCUGUUGUCUUCGCGACCGACAACAUGCGGAUAGUGUUCGUGUUGGCGCUAAUGCUGGGCGCCGCGUCGGCCGGUGACGACAAGGACGACGACAGCUUCUCCAUCGGUCUGGGUGUGCUGUCACCUUCGUACCGCCAGAAGAUCGGCCCCGAUGGAAACACAAAGGUGGACUUCAACCAAGAGAAGGACGGCUUCUCCUUCUCAGUGAGCAGCGGCGAGCCGAACGCCAAGACGGCGUCGGGUGGGGUAAAGCCCUACUCGCACAUCACCUUCAGCCAGCAGUUCCAGGACCCAGCCGCCAAAAAGCACGCCGCGGCCGGAGGCGCCGAGCUGCAGCAAGUUGCCCAGCACCAGCCCGCACACUACGCGGGCCAGCAGGGACACUACGGAACUCAAGCCGGUAGCCCUGGAGCAACCCAGUACGCCGGAGGUGCAUCCCAGUACGCCGGAGGUGCAUCCCAGUACGCCGGUGGGGCGCCGCAGUACACCGGUGGAGCGCCGCAGUACGCCGGUGGAGCACCGCAGUACACUGGCGGAGCUGCCCAGUACGCGGGAGCCGGCGGUCUGGCACAAUACGGUGGAGCACCCGCACCAGCAGUCCAGUACGCGGCCGCACCGCAGCCCACAGGUUACGGAGGCGGCAACUCCCUGGCUUCAUUUGGCGGCUCUGGGUACGGCGCUGCAGUGCCGCAGCUCGGCGGGGCAUUCAAUUCGGACCAGAACGCUGCCCUGGCAGCCGUACAGCAAGUGCUGAACGCGGAGCGGCAGCAGCAACACGCCGCUCCCCAGGCGCAGGCGUACACGGCGCCUCAGGCUCAGGCUUACGCUGCGCCACAAGCCCAAGCGUACGCUGCGCCACAAGCCCAAACGUACCCUGCACCCCAAGCCCAGGCGUACGCUACGCCACAGGCCCAGGCAUACGGUGCGCCGCAAGGCUUCUCUCUGCCCCAGCACCUUUUCGCAGCGGCACCGCAGCAGUCUUACGCUGCGCCCCAACGGUCGUACGAAGCUCAACAGCAGCAACAGCCGACCUACAGCGCCGGGGUUCACGGUAGCGGGCAGGCCUUGGCUUUCGCUUAUGGCGGUGGAGGGGCCCCUGGCGCCGCCGCUGGCUACGCUGGAGGCUACCAGCCGCAUAGCGGAUACGCCGGCGGGCCUACGGCCGCCGAUACGGGUUCCGACCCUAAGUACGGUGCCCACAUCUUUGGUCCUGCACAAGUAUACGUUCCUCCUCCUGGAGCAACUGGCCAGGGUUACGGCGCCGGGGCUGCCUCCACUGUUCAGGGCGGCUACAACGGUGGCUCGGCGGCAUCGAGCUACGGCGGCGCGGCGGGUGCUCCUCAGGGUGUCGCUCUGCAGACGGGCCCCGGAGGAGUCGUCACCGGCGCUGCGCUCCAAGGAUACGGAGGCACUUCGACUGGGGCCUACGGCAGCGGCGCUGGCGGAGCACUGCAAGGCUACGGGCCAGGAACUGGAGCGGCUUUUCAAGGCUACGGGGCGGGAGCCCAGGGAGUCUCGUACAGCCCUAGCGCGGCCUACGGCGGCGCACAGCUAGCCGGGCAGGGAGCGCCUGGCGUUCACUAUACCUCCGGUUCGACGCUCAGGCUACAGGCGGCUCCGUACGCAGCUGCUCUUACUGCAGGUCAAGGAGCGCGGUCUGGAGGAUACACAGCUGGACCUGGAGGGUACGGUGCCGCUUCGUCCGCACAGCUUACGGCGUACCGGCCUACGGCUCAGCCUGGCUACAAGCACAAAUGAAGCCCCUCCUGAUAG